GUUGCGGCUUUAGAAAAGGCAGAAACCCCAACACCCAUAAAAAGGGAUCGCCACAUCCAAGCCUUCACUCUCAGCAAAAAGAAAAAAACUCUCAGGAGAAGGAGAAAGGACUCUUUUCUCGAACUUCUCCUCCUGCAACGAUCUCGAUCUGUUCUCCCUCAAAGAAAAGCUCCCGUUUUGCGUUCUUCUUCAUUCUUAGUCCUUUAGUUUCAUUGUUCGCUAACGUUUUCUUUGGUGCAGGGUUUCUCUUUAUCUUAGUUUUAAUCUCUGUAAUUAGUCAUUUAUUUUGUGUUCUAGUCUUUGUUUUCUUGUAUUUUUUGUUUUCUGCUAGCAAUGGAUGCCGGAAGUUUCUCUUCUUCCAUCCCUUCCGAGAAGGCCCGGCCUGCAUCUCGCCACCCUCUUCGAGAAGUCGGUUCAAGGCCUUACAUGCCUUCUCUCCGCUCCUCAUCGAAGGAUUUUUCUUCCCGGCAGAGCGGAGGAGAUAGAUUCAUUCCGGACCGGUCUGCCAUGGAUUUUGACAUGGCCUACUACCUGCUAACAGAGACAAGGAAAGAGAAGGAGAGCGCUGCAGCUGCAUCCCCAUCCAAAGAGGCAUACAGAAGGCUUCUUGCCGAGAAUCUUCUGAAUAAUAGAACUCGAAUUCUUGCUUUCAAGAGUAAGCCCCCGGCACCUACAGAAGGUUUCCUCCAAGAAGCCCACUCCAAUGUCUCUUCCCAUCAGGCCAAGUCGGCAAAGGCACGGAGAUACAUUCCCCAGUCUGCUGAGAGGACUCUUGAUGCACCAGACCUUGUUGAUGACUACUAUCUGAAUCUGCUGGAUUGGGGAAGCAGCAAUGUUCUGUCGAUCGCCCUUGGGAACACGGUGUAUCUUUGGAAUGCUUCAGAUGGUUCUACAUCCGAGCUUGUCACCGUGGACGAAGAUGUCGGUCCUGUCACUAGUGUCAGUUGGGCUCCUGAUGGCCGGCAUAUUGCUGUUGGUUUGAACUCCUCUGAUAUCCAAUUGUGGGACUCAAGCUCCAGCAACCUGUUGAGAACUUUGAGAGGAGUCCAUGGAUCUCGAGUUGGAUCUCUUGCUUGGAACAACAACAUACUCACAACAGGGGGGAUGGAUGGAAAGAUUGUCAAUAAUGAUGUGAGAAUAAGGUCGCACAUUGUGCAGACCUACCGAGGACACCAGCAAGAGGUCUGUGGGUUGAAGUGGUCAGGCUCAGGACAGCAGCUGGCGAGCGGAGGCAACGACAACUUGCUUCACAUAUGGGACCUAUCCAUGGCCUCUUCAAAUCCAUCUCCAGGCCAGAAUCAGUGGCUCCACAGGUUGGAGGACCACAUGGCUGCGGUUAAGUCCCUCGCUUGGUGUCCCUUCCAGAGCAACUUGCUCGCAUCCGGUGGCGGCGGCGGCGACCGGUGCAUCAAGUUUUGGAACACUCAUACCGGGGCCCGCUUGAAUUCAGUGGACACUGGCUCCCAGGUGUGCUCCCUAUUGUGGAAUAAAAACGAGCGCGAACUGCUGAGCUCUCAUGGCUUUACUCAGAACCAACUGACUCUCUGGAAGUACCCUUCGAUGGUGAAGAUUGCAGAGCUCAUGGGCCAUACCUCUCGGGUUCUCUUCAUGGCUCAGAGUCCAGAUGGGUGCACAGUGGCAUCUGCGGCGGGGGAUGAAACACUGAGAUUUUGGAAUGUAUUUGGGACUCCUGAUGCACCAAAGCCUGCUGCCAAGAUAGCUAGUACAGGACCCUUCACCAGUUAUCACAUUAGGUGAGAAAGGAGGGGUAGGAACGGGAUGGGUCUCCGUCUAAUCCUUGAAAGCAUGGUGCGAUGGAAAGAAUUGGGAUGGAAAACAUAGCCUACUUCAAGGUAGUUGAAAGUUUUGAACUGAUUUUGGUCAUUUUGAAAUUUAAUUUUGUCGGAUUUUUAUCGCAGUCUAUACGUAUUAAUCUUAGGUUUUCUCAUGGAUUUUGUUGCAGAUCAUAUUACUGGCACACCAAUUUCUCUAAAAAGGUGAAUAAUUUCAAAAAUCUCAUAAUUUACUCAAACAAUUUUAAUUUUAAAUUAAGAUACCAUAGAUAAAAACUAAUCUCAUGAAGACUUGAAAUUUAUUCCAAAUUGGUGGUAUCAAAUUUGUAUAAAUCUUGUGCUAGCAUGAAUUUAGUGUUAGUGUUGCAUGAAUUAAUUUAUAACUUAGAUUUAAUUUAGUGUUAGUGAAUAUAAAACACCCCCCUCUAUAAAAAGAAAAAGAACAUCUUAUCUUUUGUUCUUAGGUUUUGGCCACUAAAUAAUCCAAUAAUAGUAAUUUAAGAAAGGAUAGGUAUAGAUAGUAAUCAUCAAAUUUACACAGAAAUUUGAUUUUUUUUAAAUGAUAAAUAAUUGUGGUUAAUUAUUGCAACUGAAGUUUAAACCCCUAGGAUAUCGGCCCUUGGACGCAGUCCCUUUUUCUCAUCCCAUAAAAAAUAGAAAAUAAAAGAAAAUUUUAGAGCUAUUGUCUGUAAAUAUUUUGCAUUGUUUUUUUUUUCUUUCGAUUUCUUUUUUUUGAGUUUGACUGCCUUUUUUCACAUUUCAGUGUACUCAAUUUGGUAAGAAAGACUACGGUUGGUUUGGAUCUUCUAGGGUUUCUUUGUAAGAAGGAGAAAUUAUUAGGUGGGCUAGGUCCACCGUAGACUUAUGAUGAAAUUCAUCCUAGCGUACAUUGCUAUUACACAUAAAAAGAAAGACGUAGGAAAUGGGGAUGAAUUUCAUCUUAGGUCCACGGUGAAUCUGGUCCACCUAAUAAUUUUGUGGUAAAGAAGAUUCUUGGGUCCAGGGAGAGUGGGCAGUAUGGAAACAUUUUAACUAUGUACGGAACUAUAUCAACAAGAACCAAAUUGGUUCAUUACUUGUAUCAUAAACUCGUAUAAUGAAAUUUCUCUCCCAUUCUCCCCGUGGAUGUAGGCAUCUUGCCGAACCACGUAAAUUA